UUUCCUGUUAAUUUUUUCUUAUCACACAUCAGGGAUAUAUAAGUCGGACGUUCAAUUUUUAAAUUCAUUAAAGAUUUUGAGCUUCAAGCAACCGACUGGCUACUGCAGUUUUCAAGAGACACCAGAGAAAUAUUGGAAUACAAGAUGAAGACCUUCAUCAUCAUCGCAUUGCUGUCAGCACUAGCAGCCUGCUGUAGUGCCAGUGUCCUCCCGAGCGAGAAGGAGAUGGCCGAAGGCAUCACUGUGGUGGAAAAUGCUGAUGAGGCAGAGCUCCAGAAAUUCCUGUCUACCCAUCCAGGACACCCGUUGGAAGAAACAGUAUUCGAGAGCCACUUCUCCGUGCCAGCGAUUCCGGGAAAAGUUGUAACACACCGAAUCGAGUACAUUGGCGGACCAGACACUGUGAUGACCCGCACUUUUAGAAGCAUGUUUCCACCAUUGCCAGCAGAAGUGACCACUGAAGGCUGGCUGACCAACCGUCUCGUCAUGACCUUGACGUCAGAAGUCGGUGGCAGUUUGGUUGGUAAUGUGCAGUUUUUUGGAUACAAGCAUUUUAGUAAAUAAUACCGUAUAUUAUGUACUAAUGUCAGUAAGUCAAGCUACCUCACUCUGUCAAUAAAAUUUUCAACUUUAUAUCCGAACAAGACAGUUGAUAAUCUAAUAAAAAGUUUGACACAAAGGAGUGGCUUGAUCUGCUGGCUAUUACACUAAUGACAGCAUGUCUGCUAUAAGCUAAUUUUGUCAUUAUAAUUAUGCACCCUUUCCUGCUCAUAUUUUCUAUAUCUAAGUAUCGAUAUUAUUUUGUAUUACUAUCGUGAUUAAUGAAAUCAUUUUGACCAUUUCUAGUAAAUUAUUUGUAAGUCUCGAUUAAUUUGAAGCCACACCGGCUUACAUCGAGGUUUACAUUUUCCUAAUAUUUACUUGAAAAAUUUUAUUGAUUCUAUAUUUUUUGAUUGUAUCUUAUAUUGUAAUUAUGUAUCAUUAAAAUAAUAUUAUAAUUUAUUAGUUGUUUUAUAAAAAUUGGUCAUUUGUAUAAUUUGUUUUGAUCAUAAUACAUUUCACUUGGCAUAUUA